UUGGACAAAUCACUUCCGCCUGCUGCUAGCGCUCUGUCUGCUAAGGAUUGUUAGCCAAGGCUACGUUAGCGACCAGUGUAAACAUCUUUAUAAUUAAUACAAGACUGUGGGCAGGGACACGGAGACAUGGGGAAAAAACACAAGAAACAUAAACCGGAGUGGAGAAAAGUCGAUGACUAUGAAGACAAGGCUCUUGAGAAGCCACUAAAGCUUGUGCUUAAAGUUGGAGGAAGUGAAGUGACAGAGCUUUCUGGCUCUGGCCACGACUCCAGCUACUAUGAUGACAGAUCCGACCACGAGCGAGAACGCCACAAAGAGAAGAAGAAGAAAAAGAAAAAGAAGUCUGAGAAAGAUAAAGACAAGUAUGUUGACGACGAAGAGAGACGGAAGAGAAAGGAGGAAAAGAGGAAGAAGAGAGAGCGGGAGCAAAAUGAAUUGGAGGCAGCAGCUGCAACUUCAGCCAGUGCUGGUGUGCCUGUGGAACCUUUCACAUUGUCAAAAACAAUUAUAUCAACUCAAAAUAUCAACUUAGAGCCAGAAGAGAAGAAAAAAAAGAAAGAAAGGUUUGAGAUAGAGCCUGAACUGGACGAGUUUCUGCCUGGUAUGAAGGUGGACAUAGAGCAGCAAGGAGACAGACCAGUCAGAUCAUGCAGAACACAUCAAGAGAGUGAGUCCACGCCUCGACAACAAUUGCUGGAGCACUUCUUACGUCAGCUGCAGAGGAAAGACCCCCAUGGAUUCUUCUCAUUUCCAGUAACGGAUGCGAUUGCUCCUGGUUAUUCAAUGAUCAUCAAACAUCCCAUGGACUUCAGCACAAUGAAAGACAAGAUUAGGAACAAUGACUACAACACAGUAACAGAAUUUAAAGCAGACUUUAAGCUGAUGUGUGACAAUGCAAUGGUGUACAACCGACCAGAGACUGUUUACUAUAAAGCUGCCAAGAAACUGCUGCACACUGGUUUCAAGAUGAUGAGCAAGGAACGGCUGUUGGCUCUGAAGCGCAGCAUGUCUUUCAUGCAAGAAAUGGACUUCACUCAGCAGGCAGCCAUAUUGGGUGAUGAAGACAUUGCAUCUGAUGUAACUCCUCCGGAAAUCAUUCCCGUCCCAGUGGAAUCAACAAAGAAGUCCAGGAAACAACCAGUCAAAGACAUGAAGGAAGUGAUCAGUUAUCUGUAUGAACCAGAGGGAAAUGCUUGCAGUUUGACUGACAGCACUGCUGAGGAGCAUGUUCUGGCACUUGUUGAACACUCUGCAGAUGAAGCCCGGGAUCGCAUCAACAGAUACAUGCCAAACUCAAAGAUGGGCCACUUGCGUAAGGAGUCCGAUGGUUCUCUUCUUUAUACAGUUGUUAAUCAGCUUGAUCCUGAUGCUGAAGAAGAGGAGGUGCAAAAAGUGGACCUGAGUUCUCUGUCAAAUAAACUCCUUCCUGGAUUAACGACGUUGGGUUUCAAAGAUGACAGGAGACACAAAGUGACCUUCCUGAGCAGUGCGUACAACACCCAAAGCCUUCAGAAGAACUCCAUCUUUCCAGACCUGCUUCCUGAUGAGGUGGACAUGCUCUAUUCGGCUUAUGGAGAUGACACAGGGGCUCAAUUUGCUUUGAGUGUACAGGAGUUUGUCAAGGGCUGUGGCAGUGUCACAAAGCGCUGGGUUGAUGGUCUUCUGGACAAGAUGACUGCCGGCGAUCACAUUAAAGCUGUCAAUCAGAUCAGACAGAAAAGAAACCUGAUGCUCAAACCUGAUGAAAACAAGUCCAAUAUUUGUGAUAUACAGAUGGCAGAUAACAACGCUCUGGGGGAGAGCAGCUCUGUCCUGGACUUAAUGUCAAUGAAGAACUAUCCUGACAUGUCUCUGGAUAUUUCCAUGCUUAACUCAUUGGGCAAACCAGUGAAAAAGGAGCCAGGGAAUGACGAGAGCCAUCAGCAUUUUGAAGAUGCAGACAAACUCCUGCAGGAAUUUCAUGAGGCACAGGUUGACAGAGUUGGCUCCAGACCCUCAUCCAACCUGUCCUCCCUCUCUAAUGCCUCAGAGAGGGACCAGCACCACCUAGGGAGUCCAUCACACCUGGGUGCUGGGGACCAGUCGGAAAUGGUUCACGAUCCCUACGAGUUCCUGCAGUCUCCGGAGCCCGAGAGCUCUGCAAACAGCUGACCACAUUACACUGUUCAUUUGUUAUCUGGGUGUUAACAGCACUACGUACUCAGUUGAAUUGUUUGAAUACUGUGGAGUCAGCAGGAGCCUGUAACCUGUUUUUAAAGACUGAAAAUGAUUGUACAGACUGUUUGUAUUGUAUGUGUUAAGGUUUUUACAUAAGUGCGACAUCUGAAAAAUAAAUGAUGGCACCUGUAUUUAAAAA